AUGUCGGACUGCUUUUCUUUACAGGGCUCGACGAGGUGCCCGGCCUUCCAGUCAGCCUCCAUAUCACCAUCGGCUGCUCGCGGUCAAUAUGACUUUCUCAAAUUCGUUUCCGACCGGGUGACGUUCGAUUCACAGCUCGACACGUACAUCCAGACAACAUUUAUUCAAGAACAAUUCCAAGCCCGCAUAGGAUGCCAGGCCAUAAAUCUUGCCAAUACAAGCGAAAUCUACCCGCGCUACCUGACAAGCACCAUCUGCAGUGCCAUUGUCCAGUCGUCCAUUUCAACAUGUGGUCUCUCGGCGGCCAACGCACAGCCGCUGUGCGCGGAAACAUGUGCCCAAUUUGCCGAGAGCGAGCUGUACAUUGUGGACGACGGCGCCCUUUGCGGAAAUGCCACGUCAGAUGCCAUCAAGCUGAUAAAAUCCGACUUUGCCAUCUGUUCGUCCCCGGAUACUUCACUUUCCAGCGACUGCAUUUACGGCAGCGCCAACGAACCCGACAACUGCGGAUACGGUAACAGCACGAUUGGCCUGUGUUCGUACUGCGCAUCUGGUGGCAUCAACUCGACCGACACCUGCUGCUACAACUCCCAGGCCGAGAGCCGGUGUGCGGGCGUCGUUCUGCCGACAAUCACGUCGACGAUGACCUUCUCCACCCCUUCGUCCACUGCCCCCGCCACCUCCUCGCCGGUUGCCGCUGUCAGCGGCACCCACCAUGGCCUGUCUGGUGGCGCCAUUGCCGGUAUCGUCAUUGGAUCGGUCGCUGGUGUCGCCCUACUGGCCGGCCUCAUUUUCCUUGCCAUCAUCGCCCUCCGCCGGAGACGCACUGGCAGCCAGAACGGCAGCAUCUUCAACCAGCCGUCUCCCGCGCGGCAAGGAGGACUCCCACAGAUGUCUCACCCGCAUCAGCCUCUGCCGUCCUCGCACGGCAACCAGCCCUUUGACGUCAAUCCAGGCGGUCGCAUUGCGCGCAUGUCGGCUCUUGAGGGUCCUGGUGUGGACGCAGGUGACUCCCCCAGCCCGCCGGGCCGGGGUGCCUCUGCUGGCGCUGGCGCCGUUGCUGGCGCCGUUGCGGGCUAUGCUGUCGGCAGACGGCGCGGUGACGACCACUCCUCGUCCGACGGCUACAACGAUAGCCCUGACUCCGAAAACCGCACAGGCAUUCUCCGGCCACCGCCAACAACGAUGCGCCGCAACGGGUCGUUGUCGAGCGGUUCCGUUCUGGCCGGCGAGGACCCGCAGUCGCCCUCGAGCGCCGGCAUGUCCUCGCCCCAGGCCAUUACCAGCCAGCAGUCCGAGCAGCUGCCGUUCUUCAAGGACUACUAUUCCCAGGACGACAUCCACCCGGGUGACCGCGUGGCUGUUCUCUGGGCAUACCAGCCGCGCGCGGCCGACGAGUUCUCGCUGGAGCGUGGCGACAUGCUCAAGGUCGUCGGCAUCUGGGACGACGGCUGGGCUACGGGUGUGAUGAUGGACGAGCGAGCUGACGAAUGGGAGGCACGGCGGCAAGCGCAGCGGGACAGCGGUGUGUCCAACACGUCUGGCCGCGGCCGCGACAUCUCCCCGGCAGUCAGCGGCGAGAUUAAGGCCUUCCCGCUUGUCUGCGUCUGUCUGCCGGAGCACUGGCGCAAGACUAUUGAGGGCGACAGCUCGACCGAGACGGCAUCAAGUGCACACCCGAUGCACGGGUUAUAG